GACAUCAUCGCACGUCUUGAACUGGGUGGAGAGUUCUCAGGCAUACGAGUGGCAUACGGAUCUGCUCUUCUCAGAGCCAUCCCGCGAGGAAUGGGAACACAUUCAAAGGCACUGCAUGUCUGGAGAGAGCAACUCAUGCCUGACGUUUGGCAUCCAAGACUGGAGCCUGCACUCCUUCAACGCUCUCGUCUACCAGGGGGUCGAUGGCAAGCCUUGUGAAGAGGAUUUUGCAUUGGUUCCCGAAGUGUGCGGAGGCCAAGUGGCAUGCCAGAUUUUCGACGGCCAGAGCCGCAUUGUUGGAUUUCUUGGCGAGCUGGGCGACAAGACAGACCUCACCAAAUUGUCCCGCCUGCCCCACUUGUCCGCUGCCGUGCUGCGCGGGCCAUCCAAGUACGACCUACAAGGUCACUCAUGGCCAUUGCUGCGCUUCCUCCGCCUGGAGGCACCCACAAAGGGAGCUCUGCGGGUGGCAGCCGCAGCACUCCGUGGCCCAGCUGGACGCCAAGUUCGGACAUUGCAGAUCUAUGGGCGCCAGGAUCUGCUGCAUUGGACUCCAGUUGACCUUGCCGAUUUCUGCGGGCUCGACCUUUAUUCCUUCAGUGCCUUUGUCAUUCAGGUGGAGGGGGGAGCGCUGCCUGACUGCUGGAGCCGCAUGCGGAAUUUGCAGAAUUUUUAUUGCUCCAACUGCAUGAUGUCCAAGCCUCCGGCUGCGCUGAGAGGUUUACAGUCCUUGCGCUCCUUCGUGGCUUUCCGCCAAUGGGAGAUGGUUCCCUGCGCUGUGAAACGCCUACCAGCCGCAGAAGCAGCCUGCAAAGCCUCCUGGGAGACUCGCCAUCUUCACAAGGAGGGCCGCCGUGCCGAGAGCACGGGCAAAUGGGACGACUUCCAGGAAGGGCCCAGCCUCAUCUGCCCAGAGCACGCGUUUGGAUUUGGCUUCGAGGAGUUUGUCAAUCUCGGCUGGACCAACAUCGAGAAGGUGUGGCUGGAUGGCAAUUUCCUCACCGGACAAGUCCCAGAGGACAUCGCGAAGAAGUGGCCGAACUUAAGAUCAUUGGAUCUGUACGACAACGACUUAGAAGGAUCACUACCAGAAUCUUUGGGUUCUUUGUCCUUCGUCAAGCUUCAGUUGCAUGCCAAUCGCUUCUCCGGCAAGGUGCCGCGCAGCGUUUGGAAAUUGACCACGCAGCCGCAUCUCAUUCUUGGAUUGCAGGAGAACUUGAAUCUGACGGGCUGCGCUCCUCCCUUGCACCAGUGGAAGGGUGGAGUGCCAGGAACUGGGAUUCGGCCAUGCGAGGGGGAGCUUUGA